GAAUAGAACCGCUACGAAACUUCUUCGAAACGAACCAUAAUAGCUCCGGAAUUACGGUUCGGAUCGAACCCAAAUCCUUGGCAGAAGCCACUUCCUAGCUGUAGUGUGUACGUCGUCGUUUGGUCAGCCUCCAGAACAAAACCCUAAUUGCAUUUUCUCCUCCACAUAUAAAUUAACGCCGUUGCGCCAAAAUACGCGAGGUGGAGCUGGAAAUUCCGACGAUCGAAAAUGCAGAUCUUCGUGAAAACCUUGACAGGAAAAACCAUAACGCUCGAGGUUGAAUCGAGUGAUACAAUCGAUAAUGUCAAGGCCAAGAUUCAAGAUAAGGAAGGAAUCCCUCCGGAUCAACAGCGUCUGAUUUUCGCUGGAAAGCAGCUUGAAGAUGGGCGAACUCUUGCUGACUAUAACAUUCAGAAAGAAUCUACCCUGCAUUUGGUUCUGAGGCUUAGGGGUGGAAUUAUCGAGCCGUCUCUUAUGGCUUUGGCUAGGAAAUAUAACCAGGACAAGAUGAUUUGCCGCAAAUGUUAUGCCCGCUUGCACCCUCGUGCUGUCAACUGCAGGAAGAAGAAGUGUGGACACAGCAACCAGUUGAGGCCAAAGAAGAAGAUCAAGUAGAUUACCAGGUGGAUCAGUUUUUUUUGUUUGGUUUUGGUGGAUGAAUGGCUUUUGAACUAUAUAAUGCAAGCUUUUUCGGAUACAUUUAAGAUUUUUGAUGAUGUAGCUUUGGUUAAUUUAUAAUAUGAGAAGACUCGUACUUCCAUUAUCAUCUUGUUAUUGAUUAAUGUGAGUGUUAUUUGCCAUA